UCAUCGUCUGAAUUACUCUUUUAUUAUUUACGUGUGAGAGUUUAACAAACAAAUUAAAACAUUAAAGUUUAUUUGCUUUUAAGUUGCGCAAAAUAAUUAUGGAUCAAAUUCUAUUACAUGUUAAUAAAUAUUUUCAUUCGACAGCGUAUUACAUCACUCGUCGAUUGAGCAUCAGUGCUACUGUAUGCGCUAACAAUAGUCAGAAACGUCAAGAAAUCUUGUUUCCUAAAAAUCCUAACAAGUCAAGCUCAUUGACGCUUUUACCGGAUUACACUUUUCUAGAUGGAAGGAUAACUCCUUUGGGUGCAAAUCAGAAGAAGCGUCUGCUGAAGCAUCGCGAGCUGGCAAAUAAAAUUGUAAUGCUUUCAAAAGAGAUGGAUUUUGCUUUGGAUCGUUACAAUCGAAUACAAGAAGAGCAAAAGCAGGAAAAAGCCGUUUUACUGAAUAGUAAACUUAAACCCAAGGGACAUUUAUUGCUGUCAAUGAAUAAACAGAGUUAA